AAUGCUUAAAAUACACGACCACAGGCGACCUCCCACCAUGUGCUAAAGUUGGUGGUGCCUUUAUUCAUGAUCCAACGCUUGUUAACGAAACUGAAGUUAAAAUCAACCUGCUAGUCUUUCAACGUUGUGCUGACCUUGACCGUGAAAUUCCUAUCCUUCUUAGUGUAUCUCGCGCUGUUCUGGAUAAUGUUAUUUUUUGUCACCAAGAAAAAUCUACUUGGCCUUUAUCUGAACCUACUCCUUUAAAAAUAUGUUUCGAUGAAAUAUUUGCUGCAACGAGAUGGACAAAAGCUAUUGCUAAUAUUACUGAAUUACAAAAAACAGAG